AUGAUGCGUAUUGAUUCAAUUGUCACCAUAUUAAUAAUCGUCAUACUCAUGAUCAGUGCUGUUGUGGGCGCGUCGCUCAAUUCAACAAACAACACUGUAGAUUUAUCGGGUGACAGAGACAUAGCUGUCAGUCAGUCUCUGAGAAAUCUGUCGACAGUAAGCAGCGAGAAUACAUCGCCAUCAUAUGCCAUUUAUAUCGGUGGAGGUGCGGGUGGAAUUGUCGGUUUCAUUGGCCUGGUAAUCGAAUGGAUGAAGUAUCCUACGAACAGUAUUCCACCAUCCGUAGAAAUUAAUAAUGACGAUCGUGUACAAAACUGUGAAGGAUCAUCUGAAUGGAAUGCACAAACUCUAUUGGAUACGACAUGUCGACUGAUAGCUGGCAUGGUUAAAAAUAAAUUAACGGAAGAAAUGCGUCGUAUAUUUCGUGUCAAGUCAAAUGCGAUAUCGAACAAAGUUCGUUUUUUCGUAAAUGCUUUUCUCACAAACACUCACAAUGGUAUUUUCAUAGGAAACAGAAGUGCUGAUUGCAAACAGCUUGACAUCAUAAAAGCAAAACCGGAAGCGGGUUAUUGCGCUAAUUCAGAAUUUUUACUAAACGCUCACAUCUUCAGUUGA